CUAUCAUUGGCAGACGACGAAGGUUCUCAAAUUCAAAAAUUCAAUUUUGCUUUUUUUUUGGUUCCUUCUUUCGUUCUCACUGUCUUGAGAAGACACAAAAAAAAACAGAGAAGGGAUAGAAAAAAAAUGGAAGCUUCAAGCAAAAGAAGCGAGAAGACAAAGAAGAAGAAGAGUGAGAAAGAAAACACCGAGACUCAAAAGAAGAAGAAGCUGCCCAGUGUUUGGUUUUCCCUGAGGAAGUCUCUCCCCUGCAAAUCCGAUACUUCCGAUGUCUACAACCCAAGAUCCAUGAAGGAGCUCGCUACCAUAUCCACUAAGAGACCAACAUCCUCCUCCUCAUGCGGCGUCGGUGGUCGCUCCGGUUGUUCGAGAUCCAUAGCCAAUCUCAAAGACGUAAUCAACGGAAGCAAACAACAUUUGGAGAGGCCGCCUUGCUCUAGCCCUCGUUCUAUCGGAAGCAGCGAGUUUCUCAAUCCCAUUGCUCACGAUGUAAUCUUUAGCAACUCAACCUGCGAGCUCAAGAUCACCGGAGCUACGGAAUUCGUUGGGACUCUGAGGCCGGGGACGCCGGUGAAUUACUCUUCUUCACGCCGGAACCAAGCUUCGAGAAAGGCUUCGUCUUUAGUUGUGUCUGAGAGAGACAGGGAAGGAGUAGGGUUUCACCAUAGCAGAAGGGAGAGAGAUAGAGAUUCCGCCAUUAAUGGAGACAAUUCCUCUGUUUCUUGCCAUAAAUGCGGCGACAAGUUUACCAAAAUCGAAGCUGCAGAAGCUCACCAUCUCACCAAACACGCCGUGACUGAGCUCAUGGAAGGAGACUCGUCGAGGAAGAUAGUGGAGAUAAUAUGCAGAACAAGCUGGUUAAAGACAGAGAACCAAGGCGGUCGAAUCGAUAGGAUCUUGAAAGUGCACAAUAUGCAAAAAACCUUAGCAAGAUUCGAGGAAUACAGAGACACUGUGAAGAUCAGAGCGAGCAAGCUACAAAAGAAACACCCGAGAUGUAUUGCAGACGGAAACGAGCUGCUCAGAUUCCACGGCACAACCGUCGCGUGUGCUUUAGGGAUCAACGGGUCGACGAGUCUGUGUUCGUCGGAGAAGUGCUGUGUUUGCCGGAUUAUAAGGAACGGGUUCUCGGCGAAACGGGAGAUGAACAACGGGAUUGGGGUGUUUACGGCGUCGACGAGCGAGAGAGCGUUCGAGUCAAUCGUGAUUGGAGACGGUGGUGGUGGUGGUGAUCGGAAGGCUUUGAUUGUGUGUCGUGUAAUCGCCGGGAGAGUUCAUAGGCCGGUGGAGAAUUUAGAGGAGAUGAGUGGGUUGCUGUUGAAUGGUUUUGAUUCAUUGGCCGGUAAAGUUGGGUUGUAUACACAUGUUGAGGAGCUUUAUUUGCUCAAUUCUCGAGCUUUGCUUCCUUGUUUUGUGCUAAUUUGCAAACCUUAACAUUAAUCUUUUGAUGAUGAAAUUAAUGGGAAGUUUUUGGUUGGUAAGUUUGUUGUA